AAACAAACAAACAACAAAAAAAACAACUCAGCACCAGGCAGAAACGGUGACAUUAAUGUCACACAACGUGGACUGUUGACUAAACGAGUGUAAGUAAUUCCAGCAGAAGCGAUCAGCAUCUUCAGGACUCAGCUGUGUGUCCACGAGCUGUCUGUGUAUACACUAAUAUUCAAACAUGGAGACCCCUGACCUGGACACAGAUAAUGUGACCCCACCCUCAAAAAACCAUAAACUCAAGAGAAAGAGAUCAGACUCACCGGAACCCAGCUGUGUCUCCAUGAAGAGUGAUGCGCCUAUGGAUUUUCCUCUGAACUUUAGAAACAGAGACUCCUCAUCUGCACACAGUGUUCUACAGAAGUCAGGAGACAGAAGAGAAAAGAACAUCAUCACAGCUACAGGACACGACCCAGAACCUGCUGCUGUAAAUGAAUUCCAGAAAACGUUCAAAUUAAAUCUGAUGAAGAAAUUUCAGUGUUUAAAUGGAGUGAUGAUAAACCCGGAAAACCGAACACUCCUGAAUGAGAUCUACACAGAGCUCUACAUCACAGAGGGAAACAGUGGAGACAUCAAUAAAGGACAUGAGGUGAGACAGAUCGAGGCAGCAUCCAGGAGAACAACAACAGAGGAAACACCAAUCAAAUGCAAUGACAUCUUUAAGCCGUUAUCUGAUCAAGACAAACCCAUCAGAACUGUGCUGACAAAGGGAGUCGCUGGCAUCGGAAAAACAGUUUCUGUGCAGAAGUUCAUUCUGGACUGGGCUGAAGGGAAAGCAAAUCAGGAUGUCCACCUCAUUUUUCCACUUCCUUUCAGAGAGCUGAAUUUGAUGAAGGACCAGAAACUGAGUCUGAUGGAUCUCCUUCAUGUCUGUUUUAAGGAGACAAAAGAAACAGAAAUGUCCAGUUUGGAAAAGGUUCUGUUCAUUUUUGAUGGAUUGGACGAGUAUCGUUUUCCUCUGGAUUUCCAGAACACAGAGAGAGUGUGUGAUGUAACUGAAUCAGCAUCAGUGCAUGUGCUGCUGAUAAACCUGAUCAAAGGGAAUCUGCUUCCCUCUGCUCUCAUCUGGAUCACCUCCCGACCCGCAGCAGCUGAUCAAAUCCCCUCUGAGUGUGUCCAUCGAGUCACAGAGGUACGAGGGUUCAGUGACCCACAACAGGAGGAUUACUUCAGGAAGAGGAUCAGUGAUCAGAGCCUGGCCAAUAACAUCAUCACACACCUGAAGUCAUUAAGAAGCCUCUACAUCAUGUGCCACAUCCCAGUCUUCUGCUGGAUUUCAACCACUGUUCUAGAGAGAAUGUUGGAUGAAGCAGAGAAUGGAGAGAUCCCCAAGACUCUGACUCAAAUGUACACACAUUUCCUCAUCAUUCAGACAAACAUCAUAAGAGAAAAGUACUCAAAGAAGCAGGAGAGUGGUGAAGAAAUGCUUCUCAAACUGGGACGACUGGCUUUUGAGCAGCUGAAGAAAGGCAACUUGAUCUUCUAUGAGGAAGACCUGAGAGGGUGUGGCAUCGAUGUGAGAGAAGCAGCAGUGUACUCAGGUGUGUGUACGCAGAUCUUCAGAGAAGAGUUUGGACUUCACCAGAGUAAAGUGUACUGCUUUGUUCAUCUGAGCAUUCAGGAGCAUCUCGCAGCUCUGUAUGUGCACCUGACAUUCAUGAUGGAAAAGAGAAAUGUUCUUAAACAGUCCUCUGACCAGUUGACUGAAGAAAUUACCAUCUCAGAUGUCCACAAGAGUGCUGUAAAUCAGGCCUUAAAGAGUCAGACUGGACAUCUGGAUCUUUUCCUCCGCUUUCUUCUGGGUCUCUCACUGGAGUCCAAUCAGAACCUCUUGCAUACCUUAGUAUCACAUACAGGAAGUAGCUUCCAGACAGGACAGAGGAACACAGUACAGUACAUUAAGAUGAAGAUCAAUAGAGAUCUUCCUACAGAAAAAUCCAUCAAUCUGUUCCACUGUCUGAAUGAACUGGGGGACAAUUCUCUAGUGGAGGAAAUCCAACGCUACCUGACAUCUGGAAAACAAAGUGAACUCUUUUCUUCACAGUGGUCUGCUCUGGUGUUUGUCUUACUGACAUCAGCAGAGGAACUGGAGGAAUUUGACCUGAGUAAAUAUAGCUCUACAGAUAACAUAAGAGAUGGGAUUCUUGUGAAGGUGAUGCCUGUGAUUGCAGCAUCCAGAAAAGCAAUCAUCAGGUGUGAUACAAUUCAGCAAAGUGGUUGUUCAGCUCUGGCCUCAGUGCUCAGCUCAGAAACCUCCAAUCUGAGAGAACUGCAUCUGACUGUGGAUACACUGGAUCUGACUUGGAGUAAUCUAGGAGACUCAGGAGUGAAGCGUCUCUCUGCUGUACUGGAGAAUCCUCAGUGUAAAGUAAAAAAUCUGAAGUUGUAUCAUUGUGAUAUCUCAGAUGAAGGCUGUGCUGCUCUGGCUUCAGCUCUGAGAUCAAACCCCUCACACCUGAGAGAACUGGAUCUGUCUUUGAAUAAACUCGGAGACUCAGGAGUGAAGUGUUUCUCUGCUGUACUGGAGAAUCCUCACUGUAAACUGGAGAUACUGAAGUUGCAGUGUUGUGGUGUCUCAGAUGAAGGCUGUGCUGCUCUGGCUUCAAUUCUGAGAUCAAACCCCUCACACCUGAGAGAACUGGAUCUGUCUUCGAAUAAUCUAGGAGACUCAGGAGUGAAGUGUCUCUCUGCUGGACUGGAGAAUCCUCACUGUAAACUGGAGAUACUGAAGUUGUGUAAUUAUGAUAUCUCGGAUGAAGGCUGUACUGCUCUGGCUUCAGCUCUGAGAUCAAACCCCUCACACCUGAGAGAACUGGAUCUGACUGGGAAUAAUCUAGGAGACUCAGGAGUGAAGUGUCUCUCUGCUGGACUGGAGAAUCCUCACUGUAAACUGGAGAUACUGAGGUUGGAGUGUUGUGGUGUCUCAGAUGAAGGCUGUACUGCUCUGACUUCAGCUCUGAGAUCAAACCCCUCACACCUGAGAGAACUGGAGCUGUCUAUGAAUAAACUCGGAGACUCAGGAGUGAAGUGUCUCUCUGCUGUACUGGAGAAUCCUCACUGUAAACUGGAGAUACUGAAAUUGUGGGAUUGUGAUAUCUCAGAUGAAGGCUGUGCUGCUCUGGCUUCAGCUCUGAGAUCAAACCCCUCACACCUGAGAGAACUGGAGCUGUCUGAGAAUGAAAUAAGUUACUCAGGAGUGAGGUGUCUCUCUGCUCUGAAGAAUGAUGAACAUUACAAACUACAGACACUGGAAUUUGAAUAUUAGACGACACACAUCUCUGCACUGAGUAGAACGACCUGUGAUCCCUGGACAAAAUUUCCUCAAUCCCAAUGAAAACCUGAGGGAUUAUUUGGAACAGCAGGUGAAAACCACACGAACUCCAGCUGGACCCAGUCAGUGGAAGACGGAUCUGAAAUGGACAGGAACAGUUUCAUGGCAUUGGUGGGAUUCUCACCUGACAGGAUUAGCAUCUGAGGAGUUUAUGUGAAGAAGCCCCUGGGAGACUCACUGCAAGUCACAUUUAUCACUCUGUCCUUUAGUUGGUAUUUAAUAUAGUGUAGAUUUUUUGGUUCCAGGAUCAGAUCUAAUCUGUUCUUUAUUUUCUCUGAUAUCUGACCCCCUUUUCUUUGCUAGUAUCAGCUGAUCAUACCCGGUAUGGGAUCAGUGCCAUCUCUAUUACUUAAGUAUACACUAUUUGCAGUAUUUUGCAUAAUUGUGUCUUAUAUACAGUACAUUUUGAAGAAGUGAAUAUGUUGUAUCUUUGUAUUAGACUACAACUUGAGAAGAAUACAGUAGACACUCGGAGGUAAAGUUAACUCGUGUAUUAACCAGAGCAAGAGAGAGAAACAUAUCAAUGCGCAUGGCUAAUUACCAAUCAGAAAUCAAUGCUAAAGGGAGUGAUUCCACUUAAAGAAAUAGAUCCACUCUAAACACUACAUUCCCCCCCUUUUUAAAUGUAUGUAACACAUGAAUAGAAAAUAAAACAUUAUAAUUUGCUCUGUGCAGAUGAUGUUUUUAAACCGUCUAUGACUACAACUAUAACUACUACGGUUUUAAUUCUAAAACCAAUUCAGUUGUUUACAGAUCCAGUCUUUUAGGUGACGCCCUGUUCCUUUCAGGGUAGCGCCUCUGUAUCUAUGGAGUAACAUGAGGGUUCUUUUCAAGGGAGACUGUUUCUGUUGUAGGUGUCAUACAUUUGUUAGUGUCACGAUCAGAAUCAAGUGAUAAGUAUUUUGAUUGCAUCUCAAAAAUACUGUCUAUUACCGUUAAACCCUCUCCCCAUAUUGCCAUAUUUGGGUAUCCGGAGGAUUAUAACAGGUACAACUCGAACCAGUUAGAUCUCUUGGUGUUCACUUCCUUGUUAGCAAGACGGCACCGCCUUUUCCAUUGGAAAUCCAUAAAGCCUCCCUCCAGCACUCAGUGGCUCAGGGAUGUAAUGUCUUUUCUAAAAUUGGAAAAGAUUAGGUACUCUCUGGGUGCCAAGUCUGAUAGGGUUUACAGUAAGUGGCAGCCUUUCUUAACCUUCAAGUCUAUGCCAUCUUUGUCUUCUGAUUGAGGGGACCCCCCCUUUGUUUUAUUUAUUAAAAUUUUAUUUAGUUUAUUCAUUUAUUUUAUUUUUUUCAUUUAUUUAUUUUUAGCUAUUGAUAUUUUUAGUGAGUAUGUACAAAUGUAUGAAUGUGUGUUCUACUCUAUAUGCAAAACCUUUCAAUAAAAAUACUCUUUAAAAAAAAAAAAAAAAAAAUCAAGCGAUAAGUCUGGUGGACACACUGUGUCUGUUUUUUUUUUUUGAAUGCAGACUGUUCAGGGGUGUUCUUUGGUUGAGCAUCCAGUACUUUUUUCCUGAUCAUACUAACACAUUUUUAUCAGUAGGAAAUAAAUCUUGGGGAAAGUCAGGUUAUUAAAGACAUGCUAAAGCUCUAUAUGAUGUAAGGUGUUAUAGAUGCACUUCUGCCCCCUAGUGGUAAAGAACACACUUUACAUGACGGUUCAGUUAUAUACUUAGUUUAACGAUAAUGUAAAGUGUUAUUUCAAUAUUUAUACACUCAUCGUCCUUGAAAUGUCCAACAGAAUGUGCAUAGCUUGUGGAGACCACCACACCAAACAUGACGUGACCUUGUUCUGUAAAACUGCCCUUGGGAUCAUUGAGCCGAUAUCCAGAAUUAUACCGACUGAUGAGCUGAACCAGACUGAGACAAGCGUUGCUCAGGAGGCCAACAGGGACUAACACCCUGGAAGUCAGCAGGACAAACAGGGGAGUGUGGCACAGGAUUGGGACCCACCAGUUGAUGUUAACCACUUAACUGAGGAUCAGCAGAAGUUUGUAAAGAAAAUGCUGCGAGAAGAGUCCAGGGAAUUCGCACGAGACGACAAUGAUGUGGGGUGUUUACCUGGCCUGGAGAUGUCCAUUACCCUCAAGGACAGUACUCCAAUCCAGAAAUCAUAUACUUCUAUCCCAAAACCCCUUUAUAAAGAGGUAAAGGAGUACAUUGAGGAUCUUCGGGUUAGAGGGUGGAUUGUGAAGUCCAAAUCUCCUUACUCAGCAUCAGUAGUCUGUGUGCGGAAGAAAGAUGGACGCUCAGACUCUGUAUUGAUUAUCGUCUCUUGAAUCAACGCACUUUUCCAGACCGACACCCUUUGCCGAGAAUCCAAGAUCUUACAGAUACUUUGGGUGGGUACAGCUGGUUCUCCAUCCCAGACCAAGGGAAGGCGUACCACCAGGGGUUCAUUGCAGAGGGGUCGCACUACUUGACUGCAUUCUUCACCCCCUGGGGUCUUUACGAGUGGGUACGAAUCCCCUUCGGACUAACAAAUGCACCCGCUGCAUUUCAACGCAGUAUGGAAGAAAUGCUUGCUCCCCUUUGAGAUGAGUGUUGUAUUCCAUAUUUGGAUGAUAUACUGUGCUACGCCAGAACAUUUGAGGACCAUGUUGAAGGGCUGAGAAAGGUCCUGAGAGCCCUACAGAAUCAUGGAGUCAAACUCAGGCCAACAAAAUGUGACCUGUUUAAAUGAGAUGUGAGAUAUGUUGGUCGUCUGGUUUCAGACAAGGGUGUGCGCAUUGAUCCUAAGGACCUGGAGGAAGUGUACGCUCUGAAGAAUGAAUCACCUGCCACUGCUGGAGAUGUGCGGAGAGUCAUGGGCUUUUUGAGUUACUACUGUUCAUAUGUCCAAGAUUUCUCCAAACUGGCAACACCCAUCUACGAACUCCUGCAACCAAAGAGAAACGAAGAAAAGCAGCCUCACGGGAGACAUGGGGGACAGAGAGGAAAGGGUGCACAGUUUCCAUCUAAAACCCCCAGUUUAAUGGACUGAGAAACAUCAGGAGCCACUGUGUAAGUUCGGUCAAUAGUCAAUAGUGCAGACGUUUAUGAAACACCAAACAUGGCACUUUGGACCUGCAACCAUAUCACCUGACACCUAACCCUUUUCAAGUGUCAUAUCAUGUUCCAUCUUCCUAUGCUUCACACCCUUACACCAUUCCAGUAUUUCAUAACAGGCCUAUCUACAUAGGUUAAGAGGCUAAGGAAAGGCACUUUGAGUUACGAAUGUUUUCAGUAAUGUUGAGUAAGAGUUUAAAGGUAAAAUGUCAGGAGCCAUUUUAUUUUUUGUUGCGGAGUGUGUGACGCCUAUAAAUGUACUGUCACAAUUGUUAAGUUCUUUUGUGUAUUGGCCUGUAUAAAAGAAACAAUUUGAAUGUAUUUUUGCAAUGGAUUUGAGUAGUAUUGUUGAGGGUGCAAUUGCUUGAUUAUACCACAAGGGGGAGUGUUCACUUAUGUGAGCGCUAGUAGGGCUGCGCGAUGCUUUCGCUUCUCAGACAGAGAACAGCCUGCUGAACGAUCACAUCAUCAUCUGUGUCUGAUUUUCCUGUACAGAACAGGUUGGUUAUGUGUAAUAUUUUGCUGCAAUACAUUUCUAAGGAUUUUUAAACCCUUAACUAUGUUGUUCUGACACCGUUUUAUGUGUAAAACAGUGGUUUAUUCAGUUGAGGGACCUUGAAUUGAAGUGUAGCUAGCUCCCUUAUAAAAAAGUGUAAGUGACGUAGUGGCCUUCCGACGUUGACAUUUAUUUUGUUUAUGGUUAUUGCUCCUGGACUUGUGCACCUUUUCCCUGUGUUUGUUAAAGCUAAAGUUUAUAAAGUACGGUUAUU